AUGGGAGAUACAGCUUGUGUCAUGCAUGGAUUCCCAUAUGCUUCUGCAAUUUCCAGUGAAUCCUUACAGGGGAUUACGAAGCAUGCUCUCGGCGAAUCCAUUUCGUUCGGGAGGUUCAUGACCGAUCAGUCCUUGUCAUGGGAAAAAUGGUCAGCAUUUUCUUCACACAAGAAGUACGUGGAGGAGGCUGAGAGAUAUUCACAGCCCGGGUCCGUGGCCAGGAAAAAGGCUUUCUUCGAGGCCCAUUACAAGAGAAUUGCAGCCCAAAAGGCGGCAAAUGACGCUCAAGCAGAAUCCGAAGCAGCAGCUGAUGAUUAUAAUGCUUCUGUUGAUGUGAAAAUGGAGAAGGUUGAAGUUAAGAAUCCAAAGCAAAGUAGCAUAAAAAAUGUUAAUGAGCUUGAAAAUGGUUCGAAAGAUGGAGAAAAUGCAUUGGGCACAGAAAAUGAAUCUUCAGGUGGAAGCCCUGUAAAGAGAAAGUCGGUCGAUCAGCUUUUUGCGAAUAUCCAUAGUAAUGACAGUCGAAGCAAGAAGCAAUCUCGUAUGGACCCCACGGACAAAAAGAGAUCAUCUUCAAAGUCUUUGCGUGCCUUACUGAACUUAGCUCCUUCUACAGAGCUUGAUAGAGACUCGAUUUCACUUUCAGCCACUAAGAAUUCAGCUGUGGUGAUUCUCCGCAUCAUAUGGCUUAUUGGAAGAAAUUAUAGUUAUAUGCCGUAA